AUGGACACAUCUCAAGAUAUUACUUUGAAGAAAGCAUCGGGCCCAACACUUGUGAUGGAUACGGCGGAUGACGUCCCAGAAGUUGACAAAAAAUCGGCAUUUGGCGAUGACCACGCAGAUCUUCUCCAUGGCGAUUCUCUGUUCGGUCUCUCCGCUCGCUUAAAAUUGGAAGUAGACGAAAGUAUUACCGACUACUUGCAUACUAGUAUUGACAUUAAGGAAGAAGAGACUUUGCAAUCCGACCAAUCGGAACGCCCAGUAAAACGCACUGCAAACGAUUCCGGAAAUGAUUCGCGGCAUACAUGUAAUCAUGUUCCACUGACUCCGCCUGCUGGAAGUGGAAGCUUUAAUGACCAACCACCCCACCAACUGCAAGAUCUCCAUGGAAUUAAACGGGAAUCUAUCAUAGAAGCAUGUAAUAGCACCACGUCAAACGAGCCUCAUAUUGAAAGAGCAGUAUUACCGACCAAUCGAACUGAAAUCCGAAACAAACCAGUCAAAAGCACCCAACGUUGUGUAUCUUCAACGCGUAAAAACCUUCCGAAACGAAGUAUGCGAACGCAUCGCAGUGAGCAACCUUUCAUUUGCAGUCAUUGCUCGUCCUCUUUUAGCCUAAAACACAAUUUAAAUCUACAUAUCCAAACGCAUACUGGCGAGAAACCUUUCAGCUGCAGUCACUGCUCUUCUUCUUUUAGCCAAAAACAGCAUUUAAUUCUACAUAUUAGAAAGCAUACUGGCGAGAAACCUUUCAGCUGUAGUCAUUGCUCGUCCUCUUUUAGCGGAAAACAGGAUUUAAAGCGACAUAUUCGAACCCGAAAGGAUAAUUUAAAGGUACAUAUUCGAACGCAUACUGGCGAGAAACCUUUCAGCUGUAGUCAUUGCUCGUCCUCUUUUAACCUAAAACAAAAUUUAAAGCGACAUAUCCUAACGCACACUGGCGAGAAACGUUUCAGCUGCAGUCAUUGCUCUUCCUCUUUUAUCCGAAAGGGUGAUUUAAAGGUACAUAUUCGAACGCAUACUGGCGAGAAACCUUUCAGCUGUAGUCAUUGCUCGUCCUCUUUUAACCUAAAACACAAUUUAAAGCGACAUAUCCUAACGCACACUGGCGAGAAACCUUUCAGCUGCAGUCAUUGCUCUUCCUCUUUUAUCCGAAAGGGUAAUUUAAAGAAACCAUUCAUUUGCAGUCAUUGCUCUUCCUCUUUUAGCCGAAAACAGGAUUUAAAGCUACAUAUCCAAACGCAUACUGGUGAGAAACCUUUCAGCUGCAGCCAUUGCUCUUCCUCUUUUAUCCGAAAACAGGAUUUAAAGGUACAUAUUCGAACGCAUACCGGCGAGAAACCUUUCAGCUGCAGUCAUUGCUCUUCCUCUUUUAUCCGAAAACAGGAUUUAAAGGUACAUAUUCGAACGCAUACUGGCGAGAAACCUUUCAGUUGCAGCCAUUGCUCUUCCUCUUUUAUCCGAAAACAGGAUUUAAAGGUACAUAUUCGAACGCAUACUGGCGAGAAACCUUUCAGUUGCCGUCAUUGCUCUUCCGCUUUUAGCCAAAGAACUUUUUUAAAGGUGCAUAUUUGAACGUAUACUGCUAGAAACCUUUGAUUUACAGUCAUUUUCCUUCCUCUCUUGGUCGAAAACUCGAUUUAAAGCGACAUAUCCGAUCUCAAAUUGGUGAGGAACUUUUCAGCUGCAGCCAUUGUUCUUUCUCUGUCAUUGACAGACAUACUCUUUGAAGCUUCAUAUCCAAAAGCAUACUGGGGAGAAAUCUUUCAUUCGGAGUCUUUGCAAUCCUCUUUCAGUAACAACAGAUCUCGGAAGGAACAUGUCCAAACGCACCGAAGUUGAAAAAUCAUUCAGUUCCAGUCAUUGCUCUUCUUUCCGCCGGAUAGAUAAUUUGAAUCGACGUAUCCGCACGCAUAUUUGCGGGAAUCCUUUGAUUUGUAGUCAUUGUUCUGCCUCUUUUAGUCGAAAUGUAAUUUAAGGGUACAUUUCAGAACUCACACUGGCGAGAAACCUUUCGCAGCUGCAGUCGUCGCUCCUCCUCUUUUAGUAAAACAGGUCAUUUGAAGCUACAUAUCAGAACGCAUCCGUUUGAAGAACCAUUCAGUUACAGUUUUUGUACUUCCUCUUGGUUUUGAAUAAGUAACUCGACGGGCAUGCGUCGGACUCACACUUUUGAAAAAUUAUUCAAUAAUUGGACUACAUUUUGCAAUUUGGACCUAUAGAUUUUAGCCCGGUUUAAAAACAACGUA